AUGCAAUCAUGUGAUGAUAAAGUUUCGAUCUGGUGGAGAGAAGUCGAGAAAUUGAGUGGAAUGAACUCAGCUUUCAACUCCAAAAAUGAGGUGUAUAAGUUGCCGGAAAAUCUAAAUGAGACAGCUAGUGUCACUACCAAACAUCUUGCUAAUAUUAGUCAAUGGAAUCUUUCUCCCACGAAUGACUUUUUCGCUUGUACUGAUUUCGGUGACAGAGCAGGAGGUUGUUUUGAAAUUGUCAAAAGUGAAUCCAGCCAAGGCCAAUGGUCCGGAUGGGAUACGCAGCUGGGUUCUGAAGGAAAAUGCUGA